GAAGCCCUAUGAAGAUGAAGAAUGUGGGAAGGCCUUUAGUUGUGCCUCAAACCUUGCUCAACAUGGAAGAGUUCAUAUUGGUCUGGAUUUUCUGGACUCUGCUUUUCUGGUAGAGGAGCCCAGAGGACUGAUCAUCUCUUGCAGGUCUAAAACCAUGGCCCAUGGAUCACUGACAUUCAGUGAUGUGGCCAUAGGCUUCUCUCAGCAGGAGUGGGAAUGUCUUGACCUCGUUCAGAAGACUUUGUACCGGGAUGUGAUGAUGGAGAACUAUGGUAACUUGGUCUCACUGGGCCAUUCCAUUUCUAAGCCAAAUGUAAUUACCUUACUGGAGCAAGGAAAAGAACCCUGGAUGUUUAUGAGAGAAAAAACAAGAAGUUGGUGUACAGAUUUGGACUCAAGAUACGAAAUAAUCAGCAAUGGAAAAACAUACAUUUAUACAAAACGUUCAUCUCUUACUCUACAUCACAGAAUUGAUAAUGGAGAGAAACCAUAUGAAUGUAAGGAAUGUGGGAAGGCCUUUAGUCAUCAUACAGACCUAAGAGUACAUCAAAUAAUUCAUACUGGUGAGAAACCAUAUGAAUGUAAGGAAUGUGGCAAGGCGUUUAGUCGUCAUACAGACCUAAGAGUACAUCAAAUAAUUCAUACUGGUGAGAAACCAUAUGAAUGUAGGGAAUGUGGCAAGGCCUUUAGUCGUCUUACAGACUUUAAAGUAGAUAAGAGAAUUCAUACUGGUGAGAAACCCUAUGAAUGUGAAGAAUGUGGGAAGGCCUUUAGUCGUGCCUCAAACCUUGCUCAACAUGGAAGAGUUCAUACUGGUGAGAAAUCCUAUGGAUGUAAGGAAUGUGGGAAGGCCUUUAGUGACGUUGGAACACUUAGAAUACAUCAGAGAAUUCAUACUGGUGAGAAGCCCUAUGAAUGUAAGGAAUGUGGGAAGGCCUUUAGUCAAGCCUCAAACCUUAUACAACAUGACAGGAUUCAUACUGGUGAAAAACCCUAUGAAUGUAAAGAUUGUGGGAAGGCUUUUAGUCAUGCUUCACAUCUUGUUAGACAUGAGAGAAUUCAUACUGGUGAGAAACCCUAUGAAUGUAAGGAGUGUGGAAAGACUUUUAGGAGUAGCCAUCAACUUACUAUACACCACAGAUUUCAUACUGGUGAGAAACCCUAUGAAUGUAAGGCAUGUGGGAAGGCGUUUAGUGUGUAUGGAUGCCUUACUCGACAUCAGAGUAUUCACAGUGGUGAGAAACCUUUUGAGUGUAACAAAUGCGGGAAGUCCUUUAGGCUCAGUUCAAGCCUUAAAGUACAUCAGAGUAUUCACACUGGUGAAAAACCCUUUGGAUGCCACAAAUGCGGGAAGUCCUUUAGACUUAGUUCAAUGCUUAAGGUACAUCACAGAAUUCAUACUGGAGAGAGACUUUAUGGGAUAUAUGUAUAGUAGACAGUGGAAUUAUACCACUUGAGAAACAAUUUAAAUGAAGAGAAUAUGAGAAGGAUUUUACAUGGUUCAGUUCUUAUAAAGCAUCAAAUAAUUUAGGCUGGCAGGAACUCCUUGGAAUUUAAACAAUGUUUUAAGUUUUUCAGUUAUGAUCCAAAUACUGUUCACCUUCAGAGAAUUUAUACUGUACUUUAUAUUAGAAAGUCACUUAUGGCAUUCCCCCUUUUUCACUAUUUACUGAGUGCCCAGGCUCUUUGGCCAAGGUUGCAAGGCAGAUAAGUGCCACCAAGAAAAAGACCAGUGCAUGAUUUGAGGUCAUGGAGAAUAGUAAAAAUACACCCCAGGAUCAAGUAGAACAGCGUUUACUUAUAGCAAGAGAGGAGAUAGGAUGCACAAGUUCUAGUUCCUUGCAAUGUGUCAGUAACCCAUAGCCAGCCGAUCAACUCCACAUCUGACAACGGCAAUACAGUUGCACACAGCCCACUUUGUUCUGCAGUGGCAGGACACAAACUCCUUCCCUGUGGGGUGUGACAUCCAGAAAACUGGGGGCAUGCCUGAGUGCCACUAACACCCGUGAUUAAGCAGAACAAAGGAGUACGCAUUAAGUCUGACACAGAGAUAGCUAUUCAUGGCAGUAAGCCCAGCAGAGGCUGUGAAGGUUCUGUAUUUUUUGGUAAAGACGUGUACAGCCCCAACAAGGACCAUCUUUUUUUCCCACCAGCUUUACUGAAGUAUGAUUGACAAAGAAAACUAAAUUUAAGGCAUACAAGUGGUGCUAAAGGGGAAUGUUUGGCUAUAAAUGCUUAUAUUAAAAAACAAGAGAGGUCUCAAAUUAGCAACCUAACUUUACAGCUUAAAGAACUAGAAAAAGAACAAACAACACAAAGCUAGCAGAAGGAGAAAUAAAGAAUAGAGCAGUGGUAUAUGAAAUAAGAGAACAGAAUAACAACAGAGAAAAUCUUGAAACCAGAAGUUCUUCAAAAAGAUCAACAAAAUUGGCAAACCUUUAGCUAAAUGAGCUAAGAAAAAAGGGAGGAGACUCAAAUUACUAAAAUCAAAAGUGAAAGUGGGUAAAUUAACUAUACUUGAAUUUAAAAAAAGUUGUGAUACAAAAUUAAAAAAUAAAUUCACACACAAAAAAGUGUAAGUGGGGAGACAUUACUACCAAUUAUACAGAAAUAAAGGGAUUAUGAGAGUACUAUGAACAAUUGUAUGCCAAAAAUUGGAUAGCCUAGGUGAAAUGGACAAAUUCCUAGAAACAAAACCAUGGAGUUAAACAUGAAUAAAUAGAAAACCUGAAUAGCUGGUAACUACUCUAUAAGUAGUAAGGAAAUUGACUCAGUCACAAAAAAAAUCUUCCAAUAGGGAGUUCACUGGUGGCCUAGUGGUUAGGAUUCCAGGCUUUCACUGCCAUGGCCUGGGUUCAAUCCCUGGUUGGAGAACUAAGAUCCUGCAAGCCAUGCAGCAUGGCCAAAAAAAUACCUCCCAACAAAGAAAAGUCCUGGAUCUGGUGGCUUCACUGGUGAAUUUAAACAAGUACUAAUACUAAUCUUUCUCAAACUUUUCAAAAAAGUUGAAGAGGAGGGAAUACUUCCUACCUGAUUCUUUGAGACCAGCACAACCCUGUUACCAAAGCUACUCAAAAACACUGCAAGAAAGAAAACUACAGAACAUUGUCUCUUAUGAUCAUUGAUUUUAAAAUCCUCAACAGAGUACUAGCAAAAAAUUCAGCAGCAUAUUAAAAGAAUUAUACAAAAUGACCAAAUGGGAUUUAUUACUGAAAUGCAAGGAUGGUUCAUCAUAUGAAAGUUCAUCAGUGUAAUAUGUCACAUCAACAAAAUGAAGGAAGAAAACGAUCAUCUCAAUGAAUGCAGAAAAAACAUUUGACAGAAUUCAACACCCUUUUAUGAUAAAAACACUCAACAAAAUAGGAACAGAAGGAAAUCAUCUCAAUCAUAACAAAAGCUAUAUAUGAAACUAUCUCCACAAAAUAAAAGCUAUAUGAAAGACCCACAGCAAACAUAAUAUUUGAUAAACGUCAAGAUUUUAUCUAAUAUCAGGAAACAAGACAAGCAUGCCUGCUUUCACCACUUCUAUUCAAUGUAGUACUGGAAGUUCUCAGCAGAUCAUUUAUGCAAGAAAAAUAAAGGCAUCCAAAUUCGAAAGGAAGAAGUAAAAUCAUCUCUGUUUAUAGGUGACAUGAUGUUAUAUGUAGAAAACCCUCAGGAUUCCAUAAGAAAGCUGUUAGAUCUAAUAAAUGAAUUCAGCAAAGUUUCAGGAUGCAAAGUCAACAUGUAAAAAUCAAUUGCAUUUCUAUACACUAACAAUGAACAAUAUGAAAAGGAAAUUUCAAAAACAAGUCCAUUUACAGUAGCAUCAAAAAGAAUGAAAUAGUGGAAUUAACCAAGGAAGUAAAAGAUUUGUACAAUGAAAGCUGCAAAACAUUGCUGAAAGAAACUAUAGAAGACAUAAAUAAAUGGAAACACAUCCCACGUUCAUGGAUUAGAAGACUUAAUGUUAUUAAAAUGCCAGUACUAAUGAAAGCAAUCUACAGAUUCAAUGCAAUUCCUAUCAAAAUCCCAAUGAUGUUUUUGGCAGAAAUACAAAAACCCACUCUAAAAUUCAUAUGGAAUCUCAAAGGACUGCCAGUAGCCAUAACAAUCUUGAACAAAUCUGGAGGACUCACACUUCUUGAUUUCAAAACUUACUACAAAGCACCAGUAAUCAAAACAGUGUGGUACUUGCAUAAAGACAGACAUAUCAACAAAUGGAAUAGAACAGAGAGCCCACAAGUAAUCCCUUAUGUAUAUGGUCAAGUGAUUUUUUUUUUUUUUUUUUUUUUUUGCGGUACACGGGCCUCUCACUGUUGUGGCCUCUCCCCUUGUGGAACACAGGCUCCGGACGCGCAGGCUCAGCGGCCAUGGCUCAUGGGCCCAGCCGCUCCGUGGCGUGUGGGAUCCUCCCAGACCGGGGCACGAACCCGUGUCCCCUGCAUUGGCAGGCAGACUCUCAACCACUGCGCCACCAGGGGACCCCGAAAAGAGGACUUUUAAAACUCAAAUGAGUAAACUUAACUUAUUCCAACUGUUGUUUAUAAACUAAUAAGUUUUAUAUUGAAAUACUUGAUUCAUGACUAGGUUUUAAAAUGAAGCUAUGAGAUCUCUGAUUCUAUCUUUAUGUAAAAAUUAAUUCGUAAAUGAGCUCUAAUUGGCUUAAAGGAAAAUAAGUGCUUACAAGUCAAACAUUUCUAAAUACAACAAAUUAAAGUUUGAAAGGAUCACAUGAUCCAGGACUGAUUUUUAAUGAGUGAAAACACGUUUAAGUUUGUUGGUUUAAUUAAUACAGACAUGUUUUUAAAGUCAUCAAUAUUAAGUAUAAUACGUUGGAUGUACUAGGUUUACUGAAAGUCUGUAAAUUCAUAAUAUUUCUGUCACAAAAUUUAUCAGUAAGAAGCGUUGUUAUGAUAAUAUUUACAUAAAUAAUAAUAGAGAUAAAUGGAAUAGAAGAUUUUAGGUGAACUCUUUAGAAAUAAGUAUGUUUUAGUUUUUCUAGAUUUUUGGUAACAAAACUCUAGAAGAUGUAAUAGGCAUACAGAAAGGGAUGCUUUGUGAGGCUUCAGUGUGAGCUCUGCACUUCAGAUAAGAGAAGGGAACUCAGCACACCGGGGGAAAUGGCACCUGUGUAACUAGUAGAUUUUUUGUUUUGUUUUUCUUUGCUUUUAUUGACAUGAAUCAUUGUUUACUACUCAUUUAAACAUUUCUAGAAGGUCCAACUUUUUUGUUUUUUGGCCUCGCCGUGCUGGCAUGUGGGAUCCUAGUUCCUCAACCAGGAAUUGAAUCUGCGUGCCCCCCUUACCCCCCAUCUCCAUCCCCGCAGUGGAAA